CACUUGUUGGCGCACACAAGUAGUGUGGUGCAAUAAUUGAAUAACAUAGAUUUCUAAAUUGAUUUUGCAAUGCAAGAGGUGUAGUCAGCCUGUUACUAUAAUGUUCCUUCUUAAUUGGCUUGUUAACGUUAUAGAAAAUGGUUUAUUGUAUAGAUAUGGCAACUAAUCUCCUGCUGUGAAAAAAAUGUUUUGCUCGUUUUCUGUCCUUUUUGGCGGUGCGGGUUUUGCGUGAUCAUUCCCAUGAAAUGCCCUAUCCUGGCAACCCUGCUUGAAAGCGCGCUGUGUGUUUAGCAGGCUGCUUUUCACCGGAGCACGGAUGAAACUACGGACGGAGCAGAGAGAAUUUGGACCGCGAAGAGAACAAGACCCAACGUUGAACUGAUUUGAUAAGUGUCAGAUAUUAAAUUAGUGGGUAGUAUUAGUUAGUUUUUUAAUCCCUUGAUAAGUGAACGCUAGUCUCGGACAUUCCCAUCGUUUGCGUGCAUUGAUGAACACAAGACUUGACUUCACCCUGUCUCUUAUGAAUAUUGAAUUCGCGGUAUGAAUUGUUUGCAUCUGAUAGUUUGAUGGGGCUUUUAAGGAUUAUGAUGCCUCCCAAGUUACAGCUUUUGUCUAUGUUGGUUUUUGGAGUGUCGAUGCUCUUCAUUGAAAACCAAAUCCAGAAAUUGGAGGAGUCGCGGGCAAAACUGGAGCGUACCAUUGCCAGACACGAGGUGAGGGAGGUGGAGCAGCGCCACACCCAAGAUGGCGUACGGGACACGCCGCCGCUGGCUGAGGCAGAGGACGUGGUUAUCAUAUAUAACAGAGUGCCCAAGACGGCGAGCACGUCGUUCACCAACAUCGCCUACGACCUUUGUGGAAAGAACCACUUCCACGUUUUGCACAUCAACACCACCAAGAACAAUCCUGUCAUGUCCUUACAAGACCAGGUGCGCUUUGUCCGAAACGUGACGUCCUGGAGAGCGAUGAAGCCUGGGUUCUACCACGGACAUGUGGCUUUCCUCGACUUCUCCAAGUAUGGGGUGAGAGGUAAACCCGUUUACAUCAACGUGGUCCGGGACCCCAUCCAACGCCUCGUAUCUUACUACUACUUCCUGAGGUUUGGAGAUGACUACAGGCCUGGCCUUCGACGGAGAAAACAAGGUGACAAAAAGACCUUUGAUGAGUGUGUGUCAGCAGGUGGUUCUGACUGUGCCUCUGAGAAGCUUUGGCUCCAGAUCCCGUUCUUCUGCGGACACUACUCAGAGUGCUGGAAUGUAGGCAGCAGGUGGGCCCUGGAUCAGGCCAAGUAUAACCUGCUGAAUGAAUAUCUACUAGUCGGUGUGACAGAGGAGCUGGAGGACUUUAUCAUGAUGCUGGAGGCAGCUCUGCCCCGCUUCUUCAAGGGUGCCACAGGCCUCUACAAAACAGGUAAGAAGUCCCACCUGCGUAAGACCACAGAGAAGAAGCCACCCACCAAGGAGUCCAUCGCCAAGCUGCAGCAGUCCGACGUUUGGAAGAUGGAGAACGAGUUCUACGAGUUUGCCCAGGAGCAGUUCCAAUUUGUCAGAGCCCACGCCGUCCGGGAGAAGGACGGGGAACUCUACCUGCUGGCACAGAACUUCUUCUAUGAGAAAAUCUACCCCAAAGUGAACUAGGGUGGAACUGGGUUAACAUCAGGCCAGGGGGAUGUGCAGGUCUGGGCUAACAUCAGGCCAGGUGGAUGUUGAUGAGGUCUGGGUUAACAUCAGGCCAAGGGGAUAUAGAUGAGGUCUGGGUUAACAUCAGGCCAGGGGGAUGUAGAUGAGGUGUGGGUUAACAUCAGGCCAGGUGGAUGUGGAGGCCUGGGCUAACAUCAGGCCAGAGGGGAUGUUGAUGAGGUCUGGGUUAACAUCAGGCCAAGGGGAUGUAGAUGUGUUGAUGAGGUCUGGGUUAACAUCAGGCCAGGGGGGAGGGAUGUUGAUGAGGUCUGGGUUAACAUCAGGCCAGGGGGAUGUAGAUGUGUUGAUGAGGUCUGGGUUAACAUUAGGCCAAGGGGGAUGUUGAUGAGGUCUGGGUUAACAUCAGGCCAGGGGGAUGUAGAUGUGUUUAUGAGGUCUGGGUUAACAUCAGGCCAUUUGGGAUGUAGAUGUGUUUAUGAGGUCUGGGUUAACAUCAGGCCAGGGGGAUGUUGAGGUCUGGGUUAACAUCAGGCCAGGGGGGAUGUUGAUGAGGUCUGGGUUAACAUCAGGCCAUUUGGGAUGUUGAUGAGGUCUGGGUUAACAUCAGGCCAGGGCGAUAUUGAUGAGGUCAUACACUGACCAUUAUUCACCCUGUUACACACGUCACAGAAUGCCAUCAUAACAAUUACUGUCUGACGUGUAGAUGGGGACCUACUGUGUAGCUGUACUGGGUCUGGGGGAUACUGUGCUGGUUUCAUUGGUUCCUUGUUCUUCACUGUAGUUGUUGACCUCUACAAGGUAUUUGAACAGGUCUCAAAUCCAACAUGGUGUCCUGUACUCCUCUGCAGCUGGCCACUUCUACAGGUUAUUGAAGCCAGAUCCAACAUGGUGUCCUGUUCUUCUCUGCAGCUGGCCACUUCUACAGGUUAUUGAAGCCAGAUCCAACAUGGCGUCCUGUACUCCUCUGCAGCUGGCCACUUCUACAGGUUAUUGAAGCCAGAUCCAACAUGGUGUCCUGUUCUUCUCUGCAGCUGGCCACUUCUACAGGUUAUUGAAGCCAGAUCCAACAUGGUGUCCUGUACUCCUCUGCAGCUGGCCACUUCUACAGGUUAUUGAAGCCAGAUCCAACAUGGUGUCCUGUACUUCUCUGUAGCUGGCCACUUCUUCUACAGGUUAUUGAAGCCAGAUCCAACAUGGUGUCCUGUUCUUCUCUGUAGCUGGCCACUUCUUCUACAGGUUAUUGAAGCCAGAUCCAACAUGGUGUCCUGUACUUCUCUGUAGCUGGCCACUUCUUCUACAGGUUAUUGAAGCCAGAUCCAACAUGGUGUCCUGUACUUCUCUGUAGCUGGUCACUUCUUCUAAAGGUUAUUUAAGCCAGAUCCAACAUCUGACCUGCGUGUAUCUACACAGAGGUCAAUAAGCCCCCCCCCCCCCCCCCCCCCCCCUCCACUGGGGACCUGCCUUGUGGUCUUCAGGCUCCAACUCAAAAUGGCUGCCCAACCACAACCACAUCGGACGACGUCCAGCAAAAGAUUGUCUAUUUUACGUUUCGUAAAAAAACAAAAAAAAUCAAACAACACAUGAGAAGGUCAAUUGAAAAGAAAACAGGAGUAUGUCAGAAACAGUUUGAUCUGUUGUACAAAACGUCAGAUCAAAGUGUCAGAAGGACAGUUUGCUGGCUCGUGUCAGAAGGACAGUUUGCUGGCUCGUGUCAGAAGGACAGUUUGCUGGCUCGUGUCAGAAGGACAGUUUGCUGGCUCGUGUCAGAAGGACAGUUUGCUGGCUCGUGUCAGAAGGACAGUUUGCUGGCUCGUGUCAGAUGGACAGUUUGCUGGCUCGUGUCAGAUGGACAGUUUGCUGGCUCGUGCCUAAGCUGGGCGACUGUGAAAGGGAGGUACUGUAGAGGAGGAAAGGGUGGCUUCAGCUCGGUGUGUUAAGGGCUGUUCAUCUACAUUGUGUGUGUACAGUCGUGGCCAAAAGUUGAGAAUGACACACAUGAAUUUUCAUUCUGCUGCCUCAGUUUGUAUGAUGGCAAUUUGCAUAUACUCCAUAAUGUUAUGAAGAGUGAUCAGAUGAAUUGCAA